ACUCUUGAUCCGAUAGAUAGAACCAUGAGAUUUCUUUGUAGAGAACAAUUUUGUAUUGGGUUAGCUUUGAUUAUUGAUGGAAAUGUUUGCCUUGGUAUUUUAGGGUGUCCAAAUUUACCAGUAGAUCUUAAAAAACCUGAGAGUGAAAAAGGAUGUUUAUUUGUUGCCAUUAAGGGGCAAGAAGAAACACAAAUCCGCCUUGCAGAUAUUUUAUCACUAUCAGCAGCCUCAUUUUGUGAAUCAGUAGUAGCCGAACAUUCUUUGCACUAUGAUGCGGCAAAAAUUGCAUCGUUACUUGGAAUCACAAAACCGCCUCUUUGUAUAGAUAGUAUGUGUAAAUAUUGUGCUGUUGCGAGAGGUGAUGUAGAUAUUUAUCUAAGACUACCUGUCCAUGUUGAUUAUGAGGAGAAUAUCUGG